CUUAAAUCGAGGAGGUCGUGUUUCAUUGACAAUAAUAGCUUAUUUAUAUAAUUAUUAUAGAAAAUGUCAAAGGAAUAUAAACGGUUAUCUACCACCGAUUUUACUGGUAGGCGCAGAAGCAGCUUUAAACCAAAAAAUUUGGUGCGAAUCUACCAACCCACAUACCAACUCAACCCAAGGAAACAUUUCAAUGUUGAAGUAGUAGAGAAACUAUUACGUAGAAUAGUUGACUGUGAACUCGCAGAGGUUGAAUAUAGUGAAAAAGUAGUUCCUGAACUUUGUCUAAGCCUGGCAGAAACUAUACGGAACGCAGUGAAAGAAGAAAACUAUGACAGAUAUAGAAUCCUAGUGUGCGUGAGUAUUGGCCAGCGUCGGCAGCAGAAUGUGAACGUAUUCCAUUCAUUCCUAUGGGACCAUGAACGCGACGGAUUCGCCGCGCACACGUUCCACAACUGCCACAUUUUUGCCAACGUGGUUGUCUACGGAGUUUAUUUGGAUUGAAACUUUAAAUAUGGUAUUUUCAACAUUAAAUAUUAUGUAAUAUCGAGA